AUGUCUUCCUCUGAUGGUUCCCUUGGAAGCACGGGCUCCUCAUCCUCGCUAUCCAACAUGCCUUACACCUGGAUUCUCACGCCGCUCAUCGUCUUUCUCGCCCUCGGCAUCAUCGCGACUCUCGUUCAGUUUCAACGCCGCCGCCGUCUACGCAAGCUCGGGCUCCAGCGUCCUUGGCCCCGCCGCGACAUGGAAGCGAAUCGCCAGAGAGGAGGUGGUCAACGGUCGUCGAGAAACGGCCGCUGGGCCUGGACUACCCGCAGUGAUGAGGGCCUGGACGAGUUCGGCGAGGCUCCUCCUGCCUACGAACCCAAGGCGAAGCCGGGACAGACUUUCGCUCGCGAGGGUAGUUUCGAGAUGGCCCACGUCGAGCACACUGCGAGGGGCACCAUUGCUUCACCCCCGCUCACCGGCAGCUCUGCAGGUGUCGACCGGGGCUCUCUGCCUCCGGACUAUGGCACAGCAACCGGCUCCACAUCAUCAACCCCCCCGCCUGCCGUCGCCAGCCCGCCUCCGGCGAUGACGAGACACUAA